AUGGGAUUUCAAUACAAGCAUGCUUUGGUUGUGGGAGCGACCUCAGGUAUCGGGUUAGCCCUAACUGAGCGUUUGCUUCACGAUGGCGUCUCAGUCACGGCCGUCGGCCGUCGCAAGGAUCGGCUCGAUGAGAUUGUUCGCAAGUAUGGGGAAAGAAAUACUUCGGCGGUUCGGAUGGACAUUUCAAAAUUAGACAACAUUGCGCAAUUCGCUGAGAGCGUGAUAACAGCGCAUCCAGAUCUUGACUGCAUUUUCCUCAAUGCUGGAAUUCAAAGUAAGAUCAAUCUUGCUGAUUCCACUCAGUUCGAUCUGGAAGAGUUUCAACAGCAGAUCUUGGUCAACUUUACGAGUAUCGUUGCCCUCACGCAUGCCUUUCUCCCCUUUUUGCAGGGCAAGAACUCCCCAACAAGUAUAGUCUUUACCGGCUCGAAUUUUGCCUUUAUUCCUGCAGCCCCGCUACCGGCAUAUUCAUGCUCAAAGGCAGCUUUGAAUGCCUUUGUUCUCAGUCUGCGGGAACAACUUCAGGAUUCGACGGUUAAAGUGGUUGAGGUGUCACCUCCAGCUGUACAAACCGAGUUACAUGACUAUCUCGGAGCUGAAAUGGGACGCGAAAUUGGUAUGCCGUUGGACGAGUACGUGGAUAUUACGUAUAAAAGGUUGGUCGCUGGGGAAGACCAGAUUAUCGUGGGAUCAAUCGGGCCUCCUGAGAUUUUCCAUGAUAUCAUUAGGCAUCGUCGCAUGCUAUCCACAAACCUAGCUCAGAUGAUGAGAUAUCAAAUUGUAGCAGGUCAGGAUACGGACUAA